CCACCGUGUAUUUCCGGACGUGCGCAGUACGUUUUGCUCUCCGCCCCUUGUUUUCCUGGAUUUCUCCAACUGCAGCAGCGGCUCCAGUCAGCGCUACGACGCCCGAUUAAAAUAUGUCUACCAAGGUUGCCGUGGUAACCGGAGGCAACAAAGGCAUUGGGUUCGCCAUUGUCAGAGCGCUCUGCAAGCAGUACAAGGGUGAUGUCUACCUGACAGCCAGAGAUGUGGGGAGAGGUCAGGCGGCGGUGGAGUCUCUGGCGUCUGAGGGCCUGAAGGCCUUGUUUCAUCAGCUGGACAUCAAUGACCUGAACAGCAUCAGCAGCUCCGCUGCCUUCUUUAAGGAGAAGUACGGAGGGGUGGACGUCCUCAUCAACAACGCUGGGAUCGCAUUUAAAGUGGCAGACACAACGCCGUUCGCCAUCCAGGCCAAGGUGACCCUCGAGACAAACUUUUUCGCCACCAGAGACAUGCUGACUCACUUCCUGCCGCUGAUCAAAGCUGGAGGUCGUGUGGUAAACGUCUCCAGCUUUGUCAGCUGCAGAGCGUUGUCCCAGUGCAGUCCUGCGCUGCAGCAGCGUUUCCGCAGCGAGGACAUCACAGAGGGCGAGCUGGUGGGACUGAUGGAGCGAUUUGUUAACGAGGCCCAGAAAGGCGAACAUAAAGAGGGAGGAUGGCCCGAUACGGCGUACGGAGUGUCUAAACUGGGUCUGACGACUUUGUCCAUGAUUCUGGCUCGCCGUUUGUCUAAAGAGAGACCGAACGAUGGGAUCUUGCUGAAUGCCUGCUGUCCAGGGUGGGUGCGCACGGACAUGGCCGGCCCAAAAGCCCCCAAGUCACCCGACGAGGGCGCGGAAACGCCCGUCUACCUGGCCCUGCUGCCACCUGGAGCCACAGAACCUCACGGAAAGUUUGUGUCUGAGAAGGAAGUUCAGCCGUGGUGAAGAAGUUACAAGAAUCUCCUUUUUUAUCAUUCACCAAAACUUUCAUGUGGAAUGAGGUUUUCCACAAAUAAAUCAUCAGUACAGAGAUAUUGAGUGAAGGUCGUGUUUUACAGGAUGGUUUAGUUACUGGUGAACACUAAGAUAUAGUUUUUGGCAUCUAUUGACUCAUUAUGUUGCCUUCUCUGGUUAAAACCAUUAUCCCUUAUGUUUACUUUGUAAAAAUAAAAUAAACUGACUUUGAUGAGAUGAAAAUAACAGUUCUAGUGAUUUUUCUACAAUAAAAUACUUAUUUUCUAUUUUAGAUUACAUUAUCAUCAUGCCUGAAAAUAUCUUGUUCUUGAUGAUCGUUUUUCCUCCAACAAUCAAUGAAAAAGCAGAAAAUAUGUUCAGUGGCAUGCAGGUGAUUCAUAGAGGAGCAAAGACGUUCCCACAAACUGGAUCAAUCUGUGCAGAGAUAGAUUAAAGGGGAGGCAGAAGAAACGCAAAAAUAUGUAAAUAAUAAAGAUAAAUUUGGUGUUCCAGAUAUCUGAGUUAUUAAGACAGAAACACAGGUUAGACAAAUGAUCUUGUUUUUAGUGCACCGAGUAAGUGUUGCCUUAGUCUGAGCACACCUUGACCGCAAACCUGAACAACUUGCUUUUGUGUGCAUGACUCACCUGUGUAAAUAUAAAGGCAUUGUUAGAGCAGAGCUUCUGCAAAUCAGCUAUGAAGGCAGAGGAGAGCAAGGUGGGGCAGGAUGAAGACUCAGCAUUUAAAUACAAACCUGGGUUUAUAAACUAAGUUUUAGUCUGAAUCUGGUUAUUUUAGUGUAGUUUCUCAAUAUAGGCUGUUCUGAUUUGGGUCAGGUCACAAACCAAAAUCAGAUGUUUUAUUAUUAGUGUUUUAUUGUAUUUACAAUAAUCUAGUCAGGCUAUAUUUUAUGGAUUCAUACUGAGCUAACUUUGAUCAGCUGACUUGAUCAGACUUUAGCGGUAACUAAUCUGAUCAGGCUGAUCAACACACCAUUCUUUCUGAACCCCUUAAAGGAGCAGUUCACUGAAAAAAAACAUUUUUUAAAUUUUUAUUUCUGCUUAUAGUCGGCCACUCACGCUGAGGCUGCCAUGGUGAGGUUUGUUUCGUUUGGGUCUCCCCGCACAUGUGGGGGUGGUGGGCAACGAGCAGGUGGACUCAGUGGCCAAGGCGGCGCUUAAGAGUGGUGCAGUGGGGUUGGAGGUCGACAUGGGAUCCCCUGAGUAUUGUUCUGCAAUAGGCAGGGAGGUCCAUGAAGCUGUGGCAGGCCUCGGGAUGGUGGGGUGGUGGGCAGGGUGUUGUGUGAGUUGCACAGAAUGGUCGGAGGACAUGGGGUGGCUCUUGGUUUUUGGAGGAGGGACUCUGUGCUACUGAAUCGGCUGAGGAUGGGUCAUUGUGGUCUUCGUGGAGGGUUGUUUUUAGUGGGGAAACACUAAAUAAUCAGUUGUUUGUUGGACUGAACCAAGUAUAUUUUUUCAUGUUUGGGUUAGUCAUCCCCCAGUAAUCAAGCAAAUCAGUUGACAUACUAAAAUCACAAAGAAUACUGUCAUAUUCCGGUUUAUUCCCUCUCGGUGGUUGCCUAUCCAGCCAUGAGUUAGGUGCCAAAUUGAAAUCACCUCCUGUUAUAACCUGAUCAGUGCUAUAUCUAGUUCUCCACUGUUUAAUUAAUUUACUGAAGUUUGUCGUCAUGUUUCUAUUUAGAGACCUAUUAUUGUACCCAUAUACAUUGAUAAGAAGGAGCUUUUGUUCACAAAACUCUACUAUUACCAGGAGCCAAUGUCCCUUUUCAUCUCUUUUAUGAUCAAUAACGUUGCCAGCAAAAUUAUUAUAUAAAAUCAUUACUCCCGCCAAGUGAGCAGUACCACGUGAAAAAAGAAUACCAUCUCCCCAUUGAUGUUUCCAGAAAGUUUCAUCAUCACUACUGGAAUGUGUCUCUUGUAAAAACAAAAUGUUUGCCUAAAUUUCUAUGCAAAAUAAAAAAAAUGGCCUUGCG